GGGCCGGCGGACGAGGCGGGCAGCGAGGAGGCGGGCCCCGCGGGAGAACCGCGCGGAAGCCAGGCCAGCUUCAUGCAGCGCCAGUUCGGCGCGCUCCUGCAGCCGGGAGUCAACAAGUUCUCGCUGCGGAUGUUCGGCAGCCAGAAGGCCGUGGAGCGCGAGCAGGAGCGCGUCAAGUCGGCGGGGGCCUGGAUCAUCCACCCGUACAGCGACUUCAGGUUCUAUUGGGACUUCACCAUGUUGCUGUUCAUGGUGGGAAACCUCAUCAUCAUACCUGUGGGCAUCACCUUCUUCAAGGACGAGACCACGGCCCCGUGGAUCGUGUUCAACGUGGUCUCGGACACGUUCUUCCUCAUGGACCUGGUGCUGAACUUCCGCACGGGCAUCGUGAUUGAGGACAACACGGAGAUCAUCCUGGACCCCGAGAAGAUCAAGAAGAAGUACCUGCGCACGUGGUUCGUGGUGGACUUCGUGUCCUCCAUCCCCGUGGACUACAUCUUCCUUAUCGUGGAGAAGGGCAUCGACUCCGAGGUCUACAAGACGGCGCGUGCGCUGCGUAUCGUGCGCUUCACCAAGAUCCUCAGCCUGCUGAGGCUGCUGCGCCUGUCGCGGCUCAUCCGCUACAUCCACCAGUGGGAGGAGAUCUUCCACAUGACCUACGACCUGGCGAGCGCGGUCAUGCGCAUCUGCAAUCUCAUUAGCAUGAUGCUGCUGCUGUGCCACUGGGACGGCUGCCUGCAGUUCCUGGUGCCCAUGCUGCAGGACUUCCCGCGCAACUGCUGGGUCUCCAUCAACGGCAUGGUGAACCACUCGUGGAGCGAGCUGUACUCGUUCGCGCUCUUCAAGGCCAUGAGCCACAUGCUGUGCAUCGGCUACGGGCGGCAGGCCCCCGAGAGCAUGACGGACAUCUGGCUGACCAUGCUCAGCAUGAUCGUGGGCGCCACCUGCUACGCCAUGUUCAUCGGCCACGCCACGGCGCUCAUCCAGUCCCUGGACUCCUCCCGGCGCCAGUACCAGGAGAAGUACAAGCAGGUGGAGCAGUACAUGUCCUUCCACAAGCUGCCCGCCGACUUCCGGCAGAAGAUCCACGAGUAUUACGAACACCGCUACCAGGGCAAGAUGUUUGACGAGGACAGCAUCCUGGGCGAGCUCAGUGGGCCGCUGCGGGAGGAAAUUGUCAACUUUAACUGCCGGAAGCUGGUGGCCUCGAUGCCACUGUUUGCCAAUGCUGACCCCAACUUUGUCACGGCCAUGCUGACCAAACUCAAAUUCGAGGUCUUCCAGCCAGGUGACUACAUCAUCCGCGAGGGCACCAUCGGCAAGAAGAUGUAUUUCAUCCAGCACGGUGUGGUCAGUGUGCUCACCAAGGGCAACAAGGAGAUGAAGCUGUCCGAUGGCUCCUAUUUCGGGGAGAUCUGCCUGCUGACACGGGGCCGGCGCACGGCGAGCGUGCGUGCCGACACCUACUGCCGCCUCUACUCCCUGAGUGUGGACAACUUCAACGAGGUGCUGGAGGAGUACCCCAUGAUGCGGCGGGCCUUCGAGACUGUCGCCAUCGACCGCCUGGACCGCAUUGGCAAGAAGAACUCCAUCCUGCUGCACAAAGUGCAGCACGACCUCAACUCGGGCGUGUUCAACAACCAGGAGAACGCCAUCAUCCAGGAGAUCGUCAAGUACGACCGCGAGAUGGUGCAGCAGGCGGAGCUGGGCCAGCGCGUGGGCCUCUUCCCGCCGCCCCCGCCGCCGCAGGUCACCUCGGCCAUCGCCACGCUGCAGCAAGCCGUGGCCAUGAGCUUCUGCCCGCAGGUGGCGCGCCCGCUCGUGGGGCCGCUGGCGCUCGGCUCGCCGCGCCUCGUGCGCCGCCUGCCCCCGGGGCCCGCGUGGCCCUUCCGAUGA